UAGAAACCAUUUUUGGUAUGCUUCCAAGGAAUGUGGUGGUGAUGAGAGGAAAAUGAAGGCAAUUUGGUUUGGCAUUCUGCAUCAUGUGGUUAAUGAACAUGAGUGGUUAUUGAAUGUUGAUGGUACAUAUGGUGGAUGUGCUCAUGAACCCCUGUCUGUAGAAAACCAGUGUAAGCCUUGGCUCGAAAAAGGAUCACCUGCUCAUUUGGCCCUUAGAAAUAUUGUAGAGGAUAAGCGCCUGCUGAAAAAUCUUGGGCACUACACUAACUUCAGACAUACUGGUUUCUUGGAAUCUUUUCAUAGCCACAUGUUGAUGUAUGCUCCCAAACGACACUCGUACACAUUUGUUGGAUAUAAGGCUAGGACCCAGCUCGCUGCCAUAGAUUUUAACAUGCAUGCUGGACGUGAACAAGCUGUUAGUGAAGAUGGACAACCAAAGUUCAAAAUCAACUAUUCAAAACAGUCAAAAAGAUUCUACCCGUCAGCUGUAUUGGUUCCAAAACAAUAUACUUAUAUUACUGAGCUACAAGAACUUGUAUUCAGGAUGAGAUCUACUGUUGAAGGGCAUUUGUCUCAGCACAUAUCAUUUGCUGAAGAUGAUCCACGCCGAAUCCACAGGAGAAGAUCUCUUAUGGACCCACCAAGCUUGUCAGAUCUUGUUUCACAACAUCUGAGUAGAUUUUCAAGAUCAUCUACAUCAGAUUGUACUACAUCUAACCAGACUACUUGACACAUGGGGCCAGGAACAGCCACUGAUGACGCUGUAUACAAUCAAAACCUGUUUCGGCGUGCAUACUACAGUGUAAAGGCCAGAAACAGUUGUUAAAUAUGGUGUCCAGUUUAGUAUGAUAGAAAGUGGGUCAAGACUGAAUAUUCGUGGUUCCAGCGUUUCAUAAUAAAUAUUUUCUAUCAAUAAAUGCACUUUCAAAUGAUAUUCAUCAUAACCUUGUUAAAGAAAAAGUCAAGCCAAACAACAUAAUGACCCCUCAAGAAAAAGCUCCAUAAAUGUAGGAGAAUGCAAUGUUUUCAUUCUCUAGAUAUUCAACUUUUCAUCCGUAUUACCGUAUGUAGUCAAGCAAGCAAAGGAUUAUGGGUAAAGUCUGACAUCAUAGAAUCUGUUGUCAGAAAUUGAGAAAAUGAUUUCAUCUAUAACUUCAAAAGUGAAAACUUCAAAUUGGCUGAAAGUUUAGAACAUGGUAGCAUAUAUGUACUUGUGCUUCUAAAAUAGUUGUCAUGGAAACAGAACUGAAAAUAUUUAUUUACAUGUUUUUUUGGGAGUAUUAUGUUGUUAGCCUUGACUUUCCUUUUAAAGGUCAUUAGCAUAUUGUGUACGCAGUGUGCAUGCUUCUGUCCCUUCUCCUGUAUUGACUGCUCAGCAAAAGAUUUGUACACACUCCUACCAUGUCAUACUCUGUAAUAUGCCAGAAGUGCUGUAGUAAGAAAACCAUGAAUAACAUCGAAUGCCAACCAAGAAAACUGAAUGUGAAAAGUUUAUUUUUCUAUAUUGUACACUACAUAGAAGUAUGACUACAGCAGCUGAACAAAUUUGGCAGUUUGAAAGGCCAUGUUAGUCAUCUGACCACAUAGAUCAAAGGGAACUCUAUUAUUGCUAACAUCCAAGUUUAAAACCCAAUGUGACCAGAGAAUACUGUAAACAGUUACAAUUUGGCGGCUAGAAAAUUUCAUGAUUUUUUAAUUUGAGGCACAUCAGCGGCAAUUGAAUUUUGUGAAAGUUGCCUGGAAUUUAAAGCCACAUAAUUUUUUUAUUGACUCUCUCAUACUGGUAUUUGUAUCUGUGCUACGUUUAACAAUUACAAUGCCUGCCAAAGCUUUGAACGUCGCCAGAUUUAAACGAUGAUACUGUUUUAAACAUGAUUUUCAGGUUUUCGUAAAAAUGUAUAGCAAGCAAAAUUAAAGCGGUUUACAGUAUGGCUAUUGAGAUUAACUAUCAUAUAAAUUCUGUUUGGAAUCUAGCUGCUAAUUUUUUUAUUCUCUUAUUUAUACAGUUGUUACAAAGUGCAUUAUUAAAUGUGACUAACUGAUUAGUAUUUAUAAUAUAAAUCAAGACCAGAGAUGAUCAAUCCUGUAUUGCACCUUCUUUAAAGCCAACAUAUACAUUAUUGGGGCUAGGAAAUCUUCGCCUUACUGCCCAAACACAGCAUGAUGGUACAACACGACGGUUACCUUUCCCCAAACGUCCAUAUUGCCAAUAAAUAAAUUGCCUAUAGGCAUAGUGACGAAAACAUGCAUUGUCUCUAAGAGGAUUCUCAGCAUAUACAUCAGCCACCACUCUCAUUGCUACUUCAAGGACAUCACCAUCUAAUACUAAAUGUUGGAAUAACCAAGAACCAGUAAGACACUCUUGGCCUUGUCUGACAACACAACAUUUGUUCUCAAUCUGAGUUGGCAUAUUUAUGCAUUGUCCACACUU